CUUAACGUUCUCAGCUUGCUUGCUGGAAGAGCUGCUACCGUACCAGCACGGUACGGUUGUUUAUUUCGAAGACAGUCAGAAUGAUGUUUCGGAUCUGUACAGGUAGAAAGAACACCCAUACCAUAYUCUGUUCGCAUUUUCGCUAAGAUUUUUUUCUGUUAUCAUCAACCAAUAUCAUCACAAUAUUUCCAAUCGUAGUAGUUUCACGCCAACUCAAAACAAACAUCACCAUGACAAGUAAGGCCCCACCUGCAUUGACCAUGGAUCGUCUCGGAGACAGAGAUGAAUUCAUCAUCGCACAAUCCACGUCUCAAUGCUGCCGUAYGGCUUGUCUCCAACCUAGGUGAGUCAGAUGUUUCGAGAUGAUGUUGACAUGGCUGGGCUUGAAAUUAUGGUAUAAUCCUCAUCAACUUUGUCCUCUUCUCCUCCAAAGCAUCAAUUGGGUAGUAAGUCGCACACUACUUGCACCAUUAUCGCCGUUUAUGAAUUUUUCAGUGUAGUCGAYGGCGAAAMACAAGGAUUGACUCGAUCCUUAAUCCGCCGAUCCUCACCGCUGUUUGCUCUCCCUUCCAUUCUCUUGCUUGAACAGAUCGCAGAAGGCAAUAACUUCCACCCUGGUUCCRACCCUUUCAGUCUAGAAAACAUCGGCUGGGUCCAUGAAGAGAGUAGCUUCUUUGGUCGCCUCUGUAGUKGUUGUGCACCCGGCUUCCGCGCAAUUAAAUAUGUUCAGCACUCCGGUACGCCUCCUAAAAGCUUGACAGCCGAAAACAAAGACUGGUGCACAUGUCAAUGCGACGAAAAGCCUGCUCUCCUCAGCGAGGAAGAACUGGCGUCAAACGUCAUUCUGACCCACGAGAAGAACAAAASUUGCGGUGUUAGUUGUUGCUGSAUACCAUGUGUUUGUAACCCAUGUGGUCUUCCUUACUUGGAAACCAAAGACGCUUCUGGUAAGGUGUUGGGAAGAACUCAAUACAUUUGCGACAUCUGCUGCUUCGUUCCCAAGUUCGACAUUCUUGACUCCKCAGGCACCCAAAAGUUCCGCUUGCGACCUGACACUUGCGUCUGUGGGCUUUGUGUCAUGUGCCGUUGCGGUGGAGAGAAGGGUAAAUGCUGCCGCGUACCUUAUAUUCUUCGCGAUCCGUCUACCCUCGAGCCGAUUCAGAGUAGCGCAACUCUAGAUGGAAAGCCCAUCGAUGCUAUGGUCGACGUGUUGUGGUCUGGAUGGAAAAAUGMAUGUUGCUCUCAGAGAMAUGCUUACCACGUCACCUUUCCAUCAGGMAUUAGUGCCGAAGAGAAAGCUGUUUUGAUCGGCUCUACCCUCCUUGUCGAUGUCGCAUUUCUCGAACAAGAAAAUGAUGAUKAAUAAGAUUAUUCACAAAGGACGAAAAGAGRUAUUCGACGGCAUUGUAGCCAGUGGUUCCCUUUGAUGCGUACUGGAACUCCGUACUGUUCAAUGAUUUAUGUGUUUGAUCUCAAAGUAAUGUUCUGACAGUAUGUGCCCUAGCACAACCCGUAAAAUUUAACUAUUUCAUAAAACAAACUCAACCACUACUGACUUCUCUCAAUACCUAUCUCAAAAGAAUCGUUUAUUGAACUGUGAACAGCAGAUAGCAAACUGAGCAGAUUUAUCGUCAAGCUAGGAAAUUUUUUAAUUAUCUCAUACUCGAAGGCGAUUCCAUUGUGAGAGUCGCAACUCUGCGAAGUGAAGUCAGUAUGAUGAUGCAUGGUAAUUAAGCUGAAAUCAUUCCGCGCUGAAAUUCGUUGAUAAUCUCUUCAUGCGACAAGUCGAUUUUUGCUUUUUCGAGCAACUCAUGGAUACUCUUUGACCCGAGGCAUGAUUCAAUAACUUCAACUAGACGAUUUGCGCACUCUUCGAUAUUUUCAUCGUCGUGAUCGGGUGCGAAGUCAGUCGAUAGUUGGUCCAUAAUGGCGUAAUAAACAACCAUGGGACGCAUAGCACUUCCAAAAUCAUCUAUGCUAGCUCUAGAACUUUUGGUUUUCGGACACGUGCUUUUCCUAGUGGAAGUUUGACAAAUUGUUGUGGACGUGCCUGGGGACGAUUCCUGGGUGUCAUCAGCAUCUUCAUUAAUAUUAUCCCAUUCUGCAAACGACCGGGAUCGAGUUCUUUUGUUACCAACAUUCCUUGCAGAAACACAUCCACUACUAUGAAUCGCCAGGGUAUGACGACGGCCAGCGCAAUUCAACAGACCACGCAGAAAGAGCUCUUUACCAAUCACCCAACGUCUUCUCGGAUGGGGUGCUUCUUCAGAAGUUUCAGCACAAGAACUAUCAUCUUCCUUUGUAUUGUGGAAUAGAAUAGAAGUCAAAGCUGCCAUCAGCGAAGAAUCAGCAAUCCCUCGAAUAAGGGAUGACUUCCCUAACGAAUCAUAGUCUUCUGCAGAUAUGAUCUCUGAAGCCGCUAAGAAUCCAGCACUCAAAUUUCGGGCAUGUUGCGCUGUAGCUGGAGCGUCAACUUGGGCUUCACUUUCAAACAUUUUUGCCAUCGAAAGUUGAUGAUAGAUAAGCUGAGUGUUAGAUCCAAGACUGCCUCCACCACAAUCCGCAUUCAAUGCUUCUCCGUAUGAUAUUCGCAGUAAUAGGAGUCGAACGUCAUGAAGAACUGUCCACAAAUUUGAUUUCGGUCGAACUCCGACAAGAUUUGCGACUGCGGUUUGAUGUUCCGCAAGAGCCUGUUCCACCGAAACUAAUGACACCGACGAGCUGCGAGAGGACACCAGAGGAAGUAUAAUGUUGCACUUAACUCUUGAAUUUCGCAACGCUGCACCCUCCCAUUCGCUUUUCGGUGCUUUUGGGUGAUUAUUAUCCGCUUUUCGAGCUUUGGCAUGGCAACUAAUAUGAAUGGCAUUACCCGCUGUCACAGUAGUGGUGUAAUAGUUCGUCCGAUGUCUACUUGAAGAGCCAGUGGGAGCACGAGAUAAUCGAGCUGAUUCCUUGAGUUCGUCCCCUGCCGCUUUCCCACUCCGAUACCAUUCACUGACAAUAUUGUUAGACUGCAACGAAGCAAGUAAUUUCGGUGGUAAAUUCGUCAAUACAUUCGUCCCAUCUAGACUCGAAAUAUCUCCAUUUGCAAUCGACACUUUUUUUACGUAUGCAUAGAGACCCAUCAUUUCGGAGGAUUUGUAUUUUCUUCCCUCCUGACACACCGCACACGUUAAACCGGCUUCGUCCUCCAUAUUCUCUAACUCUUUCAUCCAUUCAGGCUUGACAAUUGAUGCCUUCGUACCACAUUUUCCUGUGACUUUUGCCGAAUUCUUUUUCUUCUUUUUUGAAGAAGGCAGUGGUGCAACCUCUGUGUUGUUAUUAUCCUGUGCUGAUGACKAAUCG